GAGAUGCCGAGGAUUUACAAGUCCCGUUGUUGUUUGACUCCCGAGUUCUGCAGAGAUCAGCUGAUGUUGUGCUGUUUGAAUGAAAAAAAAAAAAAAACAUGAGUUUGAGGAGGUGCCAUGAGCCUGUCCUGAAGAACAGACGCACGCUCCUGGAGAGAGCAGAGAAGUUCAUCUCUGACAUUUAUUUUACCGACUGCAACUUGAGAGGACGUCUUUAUGGAGAGUCCUGCCCAGUGCAAUUGGAGUCCUUCUUAUCUCCAAAGCGGAUCUCCUUCACUGAGGCAUGUGAGCAGAACUUUGCUCCUUAUAAAGUUGGACAAACCUUUGGACCAACGUGGUACACGUGCUGGUUCAGAGUUUGCCUUAACAUCCCCUCAUCCUGGAAAACUAAAGAAGUGCACUUGCUGUGGGAGAGUGAUGGAGAGGCCAUGGUCUGGAGGAAUGGAGAACCAGUUCAGGGUUUAACAAAAGAAGGUGAGAAGACCAGUUAUGUCCUCUCGGAGGCGCUGCAGGAUGAUGAGCCGCACAGCCUCCUGUUGUACAUUGAGGUGUCCUGUAAUGGGCUCUUUGGAGCAGGUCAGGGGUCUAUGAUCGCAGCUCCAGACCCAAAGAAGAUGUUCUCAGUUCAGAGAGCCGAGCUGGUCAUCUUUAACCACGACGUCCAGCAGCUGCUCACCGACUUUGAGAUGAUGGUGGAUAUUGUCAAGGAGUUGGGGGAGCAGGACCAGCGCAGUUUCCAGGCCCUGUUCACUGUAAAUGAGAUGGUGAACCUCUGUGAGCCCACAGACCCCAGCACCUUCCCUCGAGCUCGGAGUCUGGCCUCUGCCUUCUUCAACCAGCGCAAUGGAGAGAGCCAGCACACUGUACACGCCAUGGGCCACUGCCACAUAGACUCAGCUUGGCUCUGGCCAUAUGAAGAGACCAUCCGGAAGUGCGGCCGGAGCUGGGUCACUGUGAUCCGCCUCAUGGAGAAAAAUCCAGAGUUCAUCUUCACUUGUUCCCAGGCUCAGCAGUUCCAGUGGGUGAAGAGCUGGUACCCGAGUCUAUACUCCCAGAUCCAACAUUUUGUGAAGAAGGGGCAGUUUAUACCUGUGGGAGGAACCUGGGUGGAAAUGGAUGGUAACCUGCCUUCAGGAGAGUCCAUGGUCCGACAGUUCUUAGAGGGACAGCGCUUCUUCAGCCAGGAGUUUGAGAUUUACUGCAAAGAGUUUUGGCUUCCGGACACAUUUGGUUACUCGGCUCAGCUUCCUCAGAUCAUGCAGGGCAGUGGCAUUUCCAACUUUCUGACACAGAAACUGAGCUGGAACCUUGUCAACACGUUCCCACACAACACGUUUUUUUGGGAAGGUUUGGAUGGUUCCAAGGUCCUCACUCACUUCCCACCUGGAAAUUCCUAUGAAAUGAAAGGGAAAGUUGAAGAUCUAACAAAAACUCUGCGAAACAACAAAGACAAAGGCCGAGCCAAUCACAGCGCUGUGCUGUUUGGCUUUGGUGACGGCGGCGGCGGCCCCACUCAGCUCAUGUUGGACAGGCUGCAGCGCAUCCAAGAUACAGAUGGACUUCCCAGGGUGCGGAUGUCCUCUCCCAACUCCCUCUUCUCUGAGCUGUGGUCACAGUCUGAGCUGCUCUGCACCUGGAGCGGAGAGCUGUUUCUGGAGCUGCACAAUGGCACCUACACCACACAGGCCCAGAUCAAACGUGGAAACCGUCAGUGUGAGACUCUGCUGCACGAUGUGGAGGUGUACAGCUGUUUGGCCCUCAGCCAAGACCAGAGCUUCCAGUAUCCUGUGGAUAGACUGCAGGAGCUAUGGAGGUUGUUGCUCCUGAACCAGUUUCAUGAUGUGAUCCCAGGGAGCUGCAUUGAGCUGGUAGUAGAGGAUGCACUGAGAUAUUAUGAAGACAUCCGUGACUCUGGCUCCCGGCUGCUUAAAAAUGCUUUGACAGCUUUGGGCUCUGGCGGCAGCUCUGGCGGCAGCUCUGGCAGCAACUCUGGCAGCAGCUCUGAUAGCGACGGCAGCGGCUCAGUGGGCGUGUUCAACUCUCUGUGCUGGGAGCGUCAGGAGGUUACACAAGUUCACAGUGACACAGGUGGCUCGGAUUUAGCUCUGGUUCAGGUCCCGAGUGUUGGUUUUUCCCCAGUGAAAUCAGCAGAUCCUCACACUCCAGUGUCUGUCAUGGAUCAGGCUGAUGGCACCAUCCUCAUGAACAAUGGGAUUUUGAGAGCUGUUGUAAACAAAGAUGGCACCUUGGUGUCGCUGUGUCUGGUCACGUGCAGCAGAGAGGCUCUUCUGGACAGCUCUAACGGAAACCAGUUUGUCCUGUUUGAUGAUGUGCCUCUGUACUGGGACGCCUGGGAUGUCAUGGACUACCAUCUGCAGACCAGGAGACCAGUGGUGGAAGUGCUAGAGCCAGCUCGUGUGCUGACCUCAGAGCAGCUGAGGGCCACGGUCCGCUUCAGCCUGAGAAUCAGCGACAAGAGCACCAUCACCCAGGACAUCGUUAUGGAUGCCAUGUGCCCCUACCUCAAGUUCCACACUCAGGUGGAUUGGAACGAGUCCCACAGAUUUCUGAAGGUUGAGUUCCCGGUCCAGGUGCACAGCCCCAGUGCCACAUAUGAAAUCCAGUUUGGACAUCUGCAGCGCCCGACCCACCACAACACCUCAUGGGACUGGGCCAGGUUUGAGGUGUGGGGUCACAAAUGGGCUGAUCUGUCCGAGCACAACUUUGGAGUGGCUCUUCUAAAUGACUGUAAAUAUGGAUACUCCGUGUACAAGAACGUCAUGACCCUCUCACUGCUGAGAGCGCCCAAAGCCCCAGAUGCCAAUGCAGACAUGGGCUCACACCAGUUCACCUAUGCCAUUAUGCCACACUCUGGGAGUUUCCAGGACUCUUCAGUGAUACAGUGCGCUUAUAAUCUGAACUAUCCUCUGAGACUGGCACAGCACCCCCUACAGGCUGUUCCUUGGAGCGCUUUCUCAGUCAGCAGUCCAGCGGUCAUCCUUGAGACAAUCAAACAGUCUGAGGAGCAGACCCGCACUCUGGUACUGCGCCUGUAUGAGUCACAUGGGGGCACUGUGACGGCUGCUCUCAACACGUCACUUCCUGUCAGAGAUGUGUGGCACUGUGACCUCCUGGAGAGACGGGACCUGAGUCGAGCGGUGUCGCUAACUGCUCAGGGAAUCAUUCUCCAGUUCAAACCUUUUCAAAUUAUUUCACUUCUUCUGGUGUUGUAAUGAUUUUUCAAUUGAAACUCAUUACACAGUCACUGCCAGUCAAAUUCUUACCUUCAUCAAUUUAAAACCAACACAUUUCAAUUCAAAGAAGGGACUUUUUUUGGAUGAUUAGGCUCAGCAGACUUCAGGCUCUUGAUUAUGUGAUAGACAGCUUCAUAUUAGGUACUGAUACAACUAAAGAUUGUAUAAAGAAAUGAACUGAGUGCGACGUCACCCACAGCGUUCAGCUCCGAAUCAAACCUGUUACUAACGCUAUGGACCUUGGGGAAAGAGGGUGCCUGAUUUGUCUGUUAUUAAUAUUCAUAUCUUGAUUUACAGACACAAUAGUGAAAUAAAAAGCCAGGAUCAUGUAGAGCGGGUUAAUACAAACAUCUUAAGACCAAAAUGACGAGUCUGAGAGCAGCAAUUACAGAGGGCCACAGUUUUUCAAAAGUAAAUUGGAGCCAGAGACGAUGGAGCCGGAAGUGCGCCUAAGAUUGCUUCCUGUUUGGAAUGCAGCUAGCAGGUUAGCUAUGUCCAUUUAUAUAUACAGUCUAUGGAUACAACUAAUAGAUAUUCGAUGUUGAUAUGGUGGUCUGAUCAAAGCAAAGGCCACAAUCUAUUUUUAGUUCAUUUAUUAAAAAUAUUUACAAAAUCCCCUUGU